AUUUGUAAAACUCAGGAAAUGAUUUCCUUUUUUAGCUCAAGGAUCUAAAUGUACUUGAUCGCUGUAUAAAAGAAACAUUAAGACUUCGACCUCCUAUAAUGACUAUGAUGAGAAUGGCCAAAACCCCUCAGACUGUGGCAGGGUAUACCAUUCCUCCAGGACAUCAGGUGUGUGUUUCUCCUACUGUCAAUCAAAGACUUAAAGACUCAUGGGUAGAACGCCUGGACUUUAAUCCUGAUCGCUACCUACAGGACAAUCCAGCAUCAGGAGAGAAGUUUGCCUAUGUGCCAUUUGGAGCUGGUGAGAUACCAUUUUACAUUUGGAAUUUUUGUUCUGAGAAUGUGUUGAUGUUUGUCAAAAUAACCCAUGUGAAUUUUAUUUACAAAUACCUUUUCCUUUCCUCAUACGGACAUUUCUGUAAACAUUAGUAUAAUCUUUGCCAA